CACGUUCGAACCGACAAGAUAAAGUCGUUUCAUUGAGAUGAGCUGCUUAAUGCACAGGUUUUAUGACACAGAGAUCUCAGCACCGUUUGUGUUCAUGUGUUUCCCGUCUCCAGGGGAAACAGUUUCAACCUCCAGGAUUCACUACAUUUCCCAGAAUGCCUUUCCACAACUGUCAGAGAACUGCAAAGAAAGUCAAAUUGUACGAGAAAACAUAAAUUAAGUUCUGCUGACAGUUGGGAUGUUGCUCGGCAGCCCUCACCUGUCGGAGGACGUGAUUGGUGGAUCUGCUGUUGCUUAGGGACAGAUCAAUGUAUUUUUAUCCUCCAUCGCUAUAGAAACAAAAGCUGCUGAGGAUCUUUCUCACACCUUUAAAAAUAGACGACGACAUGUGAUGACAUCAGAGAGCACAGAGUCUGCUGCAGGAGCUCAAUAACUGAUCAACAUGUCAGAGACAGUUACCUGUGGAGAGGAGCAAUUUCUGUAAAACCAAACGCCAAUCAGCGUGGUUGCUAUGGAAACUGGGGCGGUACAGCAGCUCGGUGUUUCCUCUCCUCUCUCACAGAAACAGACCCGAGCAGCGAACAGCAACAGGAUCCACAUUCAGGUUCCCAGCCGUUUAAUCUCAGCAGCAGAUGGUUCAGCAGCGCCUGAUUGUGGACAGAAGAGCUUAAACGCCAUCGGGAAGUAUAAAAACCAUUUAGCCUCACCGUGGAGACAGACCAUGGCGACAGCGGACGGAGAGGACAUCAAGCGAGGAGAGAAAGUCGGUUUGAAGAGAAAACUGACCGGUCCUCCGAGGCUGCUGUUGGGAAAAACCAGGACCAGGAGCAUUGGGGAGGACAGAGCUGAGGCUUGGACUAAAAGAGACAGAGACAAAACCUCCCAGAAAAACUCAGCUGCUGCUGCAGAGAAUGAAACGGCCGAGCUGACUGAAAGUCCCAACAUGGAGGAGGAAGUUUUAUCUGACGUAAACGUAGAGGGCUGCAGGGGGCGCUGUGAGGACACAGGUGAGGACGACGACAUCAGAAACAGGAAGGUAAGCAGACGCAGGUGGUGGAGGAGGUUCUCCUCAGCGCCCCUUUGUAUCAGGAGGCAAAACAGCAACGUGGAAGAAAGUUCAGAGAAGCAGCCACAUCAUCAGGAGGCAGACGCUGGAGAAGAAAACAGCAAGAGUGUCUCUAAAGCGAGGAAGAGGUUUAACCUGAGGUUCAGGACUUCCUCCAAUGUCCACACUCACGAGCAGAGGAAAGACGCAGACGAACCUUCACUGACCUUCCAGAAAAAACUGAGAAAAUUCUUCACCAAAGGAGGGAGGAGCAGAUCAUCAGGUCUGGCUGCGGAAAACAUGGAGGACAUGAUGAGGAUCGAGGAGGCCACCCGGUUGCCUGACGAACUCAUGAGCGAUGGCACCGAUCGGAGUCCGGAGGCUGUGACGGUCACGGCUGAGAUGGACGUCGAGCUGACUGAAGAUCGAGUCACGGCAGAGAGUCCAGAAGAAUCACCAGUGGAAGUCACCAAGAAGGAUCUGACUGCAGACGGAUCGGAGACGAUCCAAAUAGACAGCGAGGUUGUUCAAGUCGCCGAAGACACAGAUGAGGUUCCUGUUGAAGAUUUGAUCGAGAUCGAGUCUCCAGAGAGAGACGAGGUUUUCUCCCCCGAAGUGCUCCUGGACCUCGAUGAUCAUCUUUCAGUCUGGACCGUUUCAUCUGAGGAGAAGAUGGAUCAAACCACCUCCCAGUCUCUUCAUCCAACAACUAACGGACCCUCUAUCCGGAUCGAGCUGGUUCCUCCAGAUGACGUCACUCUGGAGGAUGCAGAGGAGGAGGAGUGCUGGGUGGGUAGCUCCUCCUCAGAGAACCAGAGCCACCUCCUCCUCCUUCUCGGCUGCGACCACGGCGAGCGGCAGCUGCUUCAGACAGCUCGCUCUCUGGUCCGAGCCGCCAUGAACGCUGCCGUGGAUCAGCUGACCAGAGAACAGCAGAGCGGAUCAGACUGUGUUCACAGAGAACCGCAGGGCUGCAGAGAUCACGCCUGACAUCUGGUCUCAGAGAAGAAGAACGCUGCUCUGAGGUUUACUAAACUCUAACCUGAGCUGCUGAGGGCUCCACACGAAAUGACGAUUAAAUCAGAAAGUUUGAAACAACUGAUCAGAACA